UCUUAUAAAAAGAGGAGCUUUCUACAGAACUGAGUGUCUCGGAGCGUCAAAUUGGCGGUUAAAUAGUUUUUCAGAUUGUGUUUGUUUUGAUUCUUCCAGAUUAUAUACAUACAUAUACAUAGAAGUGUAAAAAGAAGUCCUGGAGACACAUUGGACUGAAUAAUUACGAUACGAUUCACAUAAAUGCAUGUGAAUAGUCGGCCGUAACAUAUCUUCCCUGCGAAAUAUUAGUAUUUUCAGUGUUUUUAUAUGUAAUGAAGUGGGUGGGAGGUGAUUCUCAAGACGCUCCUGCUUCUACUUCAGGAAUGCUAGGCAACGGAAGUCAUGCCCCACUGCAAACUGUGCCAGAAAUGGCUCGGCCAAUAUCUUCUCGUUCUCAAGAUGACGCCAUGGUAUCCUACAUCUUUCAAAGACCUCAGACUGAUGGAAAUUUCCAAGCCUUCAGCAAGCAUCAAUCUAGAUGGCUAGGGGACGAGAGUAUUUCAGAGGUCAAGCCUGGUCUUGCCAAUGAUGCUGCACAAGCAUCCGUCUCACAACCAAGUGCAGUCAACAGCCAGCAACGAAGCCAAUUUGAUCAGAUUGCUCCCUCGGCCAAGAAGCUGUGGGGAGUCGAGGAACAAAAAGAAGACACUAAAAGUAGCCUCUUCAACAUCAGUGAUCAAACUUGGAGAGACUCUACGUGGAGCAAUUCGACUAUCGACCAUGCUGUUUCACAGCCCAUCUCGAUGGGUCCCAGACGUUCUGGCAGCUUCCCAGGUAGUGAGGUGGCCAAUGUCCUGUCGCCACGUUCUUCUGAAACGGGUGGACUUGGCGUCAAGAUGGUCGAGUACGUCCUCGGCACAUCGCCCACCAACAAAGAUCUAGAAAGUCGGAUGAGAGGGCUGGUCCUCAAUCCGACAGAAGAUAAAGACAAGAAGGAGAAAGCCUCAUCGCCACCUCUUCAAGACAUGGAGGGGAACACAAAUGGUUGUCCUCCCCACUCGCAUGCUAUGAUGUUGCCCAACGGACUGGCUUCCGAUGAUGAUGCUAAGGCUUUCAAGUAUGCCUCGGAAGCUGCGUCUAAUGGCUUGCCCUAUCACAUGAAUGUGGAUUCAUACAGCCGGACGCAAGGAAGCAGACAACCUUCACCAUCUGAAGAGGAUCUAACCAAGAAUCACAGCCCAGGAUUACCGAUUGCUCACUCGGUGCCCAUCAAAUCUGGUGACGGUAUGGGCCUGCCUCCUAACAACCCCCAUAGCGCUAUGGUUGGAUCGCUGACGGGACCGAUUCAGGCGCCGGGGAUGUCUAACGGUAUCGGUCCCAUGAGUGGACUCGUCAAUGGUGGAGGACCACCCGGAUUGGGACUAUCUUCUAGCGGAACAGCCGAUGGACAUAGCAACCAUUACGAACCGGUGAUGAUGGAGCCGCCGGGAGUGCACUUUGACAGCAGUUAUUCAGUGCUCUCUACCAUGGAUACUCAAUCGUCAGGAAUGCUCCAGCAGAAUUUUGACGCUCACUUGUUCCGGGCGCACCAUCAUCACCAACAACAUCAAGCGCAACAGCAGCAGCAACAACAACAACAGCAGCAACCUCCUUUGCCACCGCCCCCGCAGCAGCAACAUCAGCAACCGCAGCAGGUCCAGCUUCUUGCCCAGCAACAGUUUCUUGCCGCCCAGCAGCAGCAAAUUGGGCUUGCAGGUCCAGCAAGUGGGCCAGCUUAUCCGAAUGCACCAUACGUAAUCAAUCAAGAGCCGUACAUGCAAACUUUGAUUGCAGGCCAUGCGGCGAUGAUGCCACAGUACUAUGGUAUGGCUCCAUGGGGCAUGUAUCCAGGAGUCAUUCCGCAAGGGCCUGGCGCUCCUGGUCCAGUAGCUCCCGGACAGCAUCAGCAAGGCCAGCCAAGGCGACCAAUGUCUCCGAAUUCACUGUCUGAUCAUCCGCCCGUUCCGCAACCGGGUCAAUAUCAAGUCAUACCGGCUUAUUACGAUCAAAAUGGGUCGCUGGUGAUGGGCAAUAUGCGAGGCAUUGGUAAUGGUGGAAUGAAUGGCCCCGUUCGCCUCAUGUCGCCUGCUCCUAUGGUUCUGCAAAACCCAAGCGGUCCCAAUUCUGGCAACAUGAGACUAAUGGGCAACCAAGGGCAGCAGAUGUCGGCAGCGGCACAGCAGCAGCAGCAGCAACAACCUUCGAUUUACAAUAACGGCCAGCAGCAAUCUCUGUACAGCAACACGCCAGGCUCGUCGGCCUCGCAUUCUCACAACGGACCCAACAAUCCAGGCCUCGGUGGCCUGCAGAACAUGCAGCCCAACUCUGGCCUGGGCAGUAACUUUGGAGCAUUGGGAUUGCAGCAAAGCAACAGCCUGGGAUUCGGUAACAGCGCAUUGGGAUCGAUUGGAUCUCCCUCAUUGGGUCUGGCUAACGGACAGGGUCGGCGUGAUUCCUUUGACCGAAAUUCGACGUCAACUUUCUCGCCCUCGCUGGGUGAAUACGGUAGAGGCAAAUGGCCACAGAACUACGGCGCCCUGGGAACUGUCACCGCAUCUCCUGGCCCCCUGGGCUUAUCGUCUGGCUCGCUGACUCCUCCACCCAAUAUGAGCGGAGCGUCUUCUGGACUGCAACUCGGUUUGGGUCCUUUUGUGUCUGGUGGACGACUCAUGUCGGCUGCUCCAGGAUCUGAGAUGAUGAAGUUCCGUAACGGAGCUACCACGCCCAGCAGCGUCGGAGCCGGAGGUCUGUUUGGAGCGGGUGCUGGCGGCUCGCUCUUUGCCAAGAUGGGAGGUGCUGGACGUCAGCCACAGCAUCCUCACAACGGAGUCAUUGGAGUCGGCCUUGACAAGAUGACGGGACGAUCACGUUUGCUGGAGGACUUCCGGAACAACCGAUUCCCCAAUCUACAAUUGCGCGACAUCGCCAACCACAUCGUCGAGUUCUCUCAGGACCAGCACGGCUCACGUUUUAUCCAGCAGAAAUUAGAGCGUGCCACGCCGGCCGAGAAGCAGAUGGUCUUUACCGAGAUUGUCGUUGGCACGUACGCGCUCAUGACGGACGUAUUUGGCAAUUAUGUCAUCCAGAAAUUCUUUGAAUUUGGAUCACCGGAGCAGAAGAGCACUCUAGCGCAGAAAAUUCGCGGGCACGUCUUACCCCUGGCCCUCCAAAUGUACGGUUGCCGCGUCAUUCAGAAAGCUCUGGAAUCUGUUCCAUCUGAGCAGCAGAAGGAAAUUGUUCGCGAACUGGACGGCCAUGUUCUCAAGUGUGUCAAAGAUCAAAACGGCAACCACGUGGUCCAAAAGUGCAUUGAAUGUGUCGACCCUAUGCAGCUGCAGUUCAUUAUCGACGCGUUUGAAGGACAGGUCCUUUCACUCUCAACGCACCCGUACGGAUGCCGCGUAAUUCAGCGCAUCCUCGAACACUGCACUCCCGAGCAGACGGCUCCCGUAUUGAACGAGUUGCAUCACAACACGGAAACUCUCAUCCAAGAUCAAUACGGCAACUAUGUUAUCCAGCACGUUCUCGAGCAUGGCAAGCCGGAGGACAAAUUGCGGAUCGUCACGGCCGUGAAGGGUAAGGUGCUGUCGCUGUCGCAGCACAAGUUCGCUUCUAACGUCGUGGAGAAAUGCGUCUCGCACGCCACCCGAUCCGAGAGGGCCAGUCUGAUUGACGAGGUGAUCAGCUUCAACGACGCGAGUCCGCACAGUCCCCUACACACUAUGAUGAAGGAUCAGUACGCCAACUACGUCGUGCAGAAGAUGAUUGAUGUGGCCGAGCCCUCGCAGCGCAAACUGCUCAUGCACAAAAUCCGACCGCACGUCUCUACGCUCCGCAAGUAUACUUACGGCAAACACAUUCUCGCCAAACUGGAAAAAUACUUCCUGAAGAAUAAUGUUGAUUUGGGGCCUAUUGGGCCGCCGUCGAACGGAGUCAUCGGAUAACAUCGGAUAGCAGCACUAAUCACUACUAGCAGCCAACGACUACGUUAUUUAAAACACGACAA